UUUUCUUACUAAACUUCACUCACAAAAAGUGUGUGUAUUCAAAUUAUGUAUCAUGUUUUCGAUAUCUGAGCACAUGCAAUCUCUAAAUCUCAUAUGAUGGACAUUUUAUUUACUGAAUAGAGGAAUAAUAUGCUUAAGCAUGAUACAUCAAUAAUGUGGACUAUAACAGGGCUAUCCUGAGCGGAUUAUGCACAAUAACACACGUGUCGUUGUCUACAGUGGGACGGUUUAUAAACUAAAAACUCAUCGUCCGCAACAUUUAGAAAUUACAGUUCAGUCUAAUUACAAAAAUGCUUAUCUAACUGUAUAUAAGAAAAAGUCAAAAUGGAAAAAUAAAUUUGGAUCUGAUUCGACUUGGUUAAUCAAAAAUUUUCUAUCACGCUCUAAUGAAAAUAACAGCAAUGACAAUAAUACUACAUAUACUACUAAUGAAAUUUGUUUAAGUAGCAGUGCAAAUGACUGUAUGAAAGAAACAACUUGCAUUACUCAAUCAUUAAAUAGUCUCUUUCAUGUGGCAAUAUUACACCGACAGUGUAAACUGAAUCAACAUCACCAACAGCAUGAACAACAAAGGCAACAACAGAAUCCAGCUCAUUUUGUCUGGCUGAAACUACGGAAGAGUAAAAACUGGUUUCAAUUUCAUUCUCAAAGGAUAGAUCGCCAGUUAAGAUAUUCUUUAUCUGAACGUACAAAUAGUGCAGAGCAGUCUAAGUGCUCUGUGGAAAGUUUACCUUCAAAUAAUCCUAAUAACAAAAGUGAUAAUCUCUUAAAGUCAGCGUCAAAAUCGACGCUAAAGUCUUGUUUAAACGAAUCAAAAGAUGAAUUCACUGACCAUCAAAUAAAUGAUACAGAAAAGCAUAUCAGUCUACUGAGGAGUAAUAAUAAUAAUAAUAAUGAUCAGAAUUUAUUGGUUGGAUUAUUCAUGGAAUCUGGAAAAGUGAAUAUCUUUCAAUUUGAAACAGUUAAUGAAAGAGAUUCAUGUCUAACAUCAUUGGAAAGAAUAAUUGCUGUUAAUAAGCAAACCAAUGCAUACCCAGAUAUUGAGUUUGCUUGGUCUGUAAAUGUUUACUUUAAACCAAAAGAUUACACAAGUGCAUGUUUAAUACCAAAUUGUAAUGGAUUACAUUAUUUAUGUUUAACCCGUACAGAAAUACUUUUAAUACAGAAAAAUUUACGUAUACCUAAAUUAAUUAUCUUAUAUAGAUUUGUACGUCAGUGUGCGUCACGCAGAGAUGGACAAUUUCGUAUAUACACUGGCCGUGCUUCACCAACUGGUGAAUGUGAAAUUGUAUUCCAGUUAGCUGAUCAUAUAGAAGCUGCAUAUGCUCAUGAACAAUGUGCACGUUUAAUGCGGCAGACUACUACAGACAUCAGUAAUACAGUCGGGUUGUCAUCACUGAUGUCAUCAUCGUCGUCUGUGUCAUCAUCAUCAUCUUCAUGGCGUACUAAUUUUAGAUCGAAUCGAUACUGUUACAGACAAAGUUUACCCCCACUGCCUAGACCAGUAUCACUUCCUAUAAAUGCAGUAAUUACAUCAUCCAAUGUGAAACCAUUUAAACAGUUAUAUCGCUCAAAGUCAAUGCAAUACACUUUUAGCACUACUGAUCAUACCAGCACUGAUAAUAAUGAAAUAGUUAACUGUAAAAGCAAACAAACUUCAGCUACAAAUUUAUUACAUCGAUCAUGGCCAUUAUUAAAAAGUGUCGAAAAUCAUUAUUUGACAUCAAAUUCAUACAAAAUGAAAGAUACUGAGCAAAUCAUUGUUGAUCAUCAUCAACAAUUUCAACAUGCAUUACAACCAAAAUAUGUAAUAGAUUGCAAUAACAUUAGUAAUAAUCCUAAUAAUAAUAAUCUUGAUAAUGAAAACAACGAGAAUAAAGCAAAUCCACUGACAAAUCACAGUAGUGCAGUUAUCUCUAAUAUUGAGAAAAAAAAUGAAGACGAUCCCACCUCACACUACUUAGAAAUGAAUCUAGAUGAAACCGAAGUAGAAAAGGAUAGUAGUCAGUCAGUGACAUUAAGAAGCCAAUCAUUAUUACAUAACAGGAAAAAAGCAUUUUCCACAUGUUCUCCACCAGGUAUUAUUACAUCAUCAAAUCAGUUUUUUGAAAUGUCAGUAAAAUUAUUGCCAAAUGUGAUCCAACCAUUGUCAUCAGCGUCAUCGUCAUCGAUGAAGGAGAAAAUAACCAGUAACCGAGAAAAUAAUGAUAUAUUUGCCCAUUUAUUCUUUGAAAAAAUUUCCCCACUGCCUACAUCACCAUCACCGCCAUUAUCAUCACAAGUUCACUUACAACAGUCUUCUUUUUCAUAUCGUUCAUGUUCAUAUCAUACUAAUAAGUAUGAUGAUAAUAAUAAUAAUAAUUGUACAGAGAAAUUGUCAUCAUCCACCUCUUUACAGAAUUCCCUACAAUGUUCAUCAGUAUUUUCGUCAUCUUCUUGUCAGUCUACAUCAACUAGAUCACGUAACAGUUUAUUUAGUAAUAACUUUAAUAAUACUAAUACUUAUUUUACUAAUCCUGCACCAACUUACAAUACAGCUAGUUCCACGUGUAGUAUUCCACCGAUAACAGUAACAACUUCCAAUGGAUUAUCACAUUUCAACGUCAGCUGUACUGCCACCAGACCACGUACAUCCAGUGAUGUAAGUAAUAUGCGUCGAUCAUUCUUAAAUCGUUCUAAAAAUAUUAUGCAUCAUCAGCAACAACAGCGCCAGUCAUGUCAUAUCCAGUCGUGUUUGGUAUCACCAAUGGUCCAUAAUCAACUAAUGCCAAGUCAUCAACAUCAUCACCACUGUCAGUCACAACCACAACCACAACAACCACAACAGUUACAACAAAAUCAGCAACGAUAUUUCCAUCCUUCAAAUACAUCAGUUAGUAAUCAAAUAUCACCUGAUAGUUUAAAAUUAGGCAGAGAUUUGACAAGUAUUCAUGAAUUAUCAGCUGAACAGGAUAUUAUGUGUCCAAUAAGUAGGCCACGUGCAGCUACUAUCGGCUCAACUUUACUUAUUGGUAAACAACGUAUAUCAGCAGUUUUAAGCCAUAUAAAAAUGAAUUGGUCUAAAAAUAAAUCAACACUUGGCCAAAUGAAAUCUUCGCUUGCAUCUAAACAUUUUACCUCAGAGAAUACAACUACUUAUAACAAUUCUAGUAGUAUAAAUAUGAAUUGUGAAACAGUAGUAGGCUGUAAACAUUCAGAAACAGAAGAUGAAUAUGUUGAAACAUGUGAAAUGAAUAUGGAUGCAUUUUCGGGUAAUUUAGAAGAACUCACGUUUAAAACGAAACCAAUACCAAAUUUAUCAAAUCAUUAUAUGAUUUUAUAGAUGCGAGUCUGAGACAAGCAGACUUCUGAGUUGUGUAUAAAGGAAGAUAUAUUUUCAAAUGAACGCACGCACGCACAAACACACAUACUCACAGAAUUUCAAGGCAUUUAUUUUACGCUUUAUUUUUAUUCUUUUCUUAUCUUAACAGCAGCUUUGGCUGCCAUAACCGGUGGUGAAGAUGAACGCCUUAGAUUGUGGCCAAUAUUUUCAUGAUAUAUAUACAUAUACAUACGUAUACCACCGUCACAACUGAAGCAUACCCAUUCCAUUUAUGAAGUGACGAAGUGGAUAUAAAUUUAUACAUAGUCUUAAACUUCUACUGUUGUUAUAAUUAUUACUAGUCCCCACCCACCCACC